AGACAUCAGCUCCAGUCUCCAGCUUCUCCAAUUUCUGGGGUAUCCAAACCUUGGUCCACCUAGUUUGGUAGCUCCACUUUAUCGUCACUUCCCCACACAAUUGAGCAGUGUCCAUUUUAUCUCUUCUCCAGCUUCUGUUCCCCGCACUUCAUCCUUGCUCCUCACUUCCAUCAUGGGAUUAUCCAAGUUCUUCAAAGGCGGGGAGCCUUCUCUCACCGACAUCCACGAUCAACAGAGCCGACGUCCCUCAGCCGCUGAAGCGGUUGCUCUUGAUACCCGCCGCAAGAGCGUCGGCGAUGCUGUGGUUACUGGUGCUUCGCAAAUCACGACCCGUCAAUCCAUCAUUCCCGUGGCGCUCGUGACUCUCCUAUUCUUCCUGUGGGGUUUCGCGUACGGUCUUCUCGAUGUCUUGAACUCCCGUUUCCAGGUCGCCCUGCACAUCACGCAGGGAGAGUCCUCUGGCCUCCAAGGCGCCUACUUUGGCGCAUACUUCAUCGGCCCUCUGACCUAUUCAGGCUGGUUUGUCCGCAAAUUUGGCUACCGGUACACCUUUAUGCUCGGCCUCAGCAUCUACUGCGUCGGCUGCCUCAUGUUCUGGCCCUCCGCCGUGAAGCACUCCUUCGGCGGGUUCUGCGGGUCCAUGUUCAUAGUCGGCAGCGGUCUUUCAACCCUCGAGACCUCCGCCAACCCCUACAUCGCCGUGUGCGGUCCCCCCAAGUGGUCCGAAUUUCGUCUCGAGCUCUCCCAGUCCUUCCAAGCCGUCGGCUCCGUCGUCGCACCCGUGCUAGCCUCCUACGUGAUCUUCAAGAACGUCGGCACCGACGGCCAAGACCUAUCUUCGGUGCAGUGGGUCUAUCUCGGCAUCGCCAUCUUCGUCGGCCUCCUCGCCGUCGUCUUCUACUUCGCGCCCCUGCCCGAGAUCACGGACGCAGACAUGGCCGACCAAGCUGAGAUGACCGAAGGCGCCACCGGCUACAUCGACAAGCCCCUGCGAAAGCAGUACACCCUCUUCUGGGGCGUCGCGGCCCAGUUCUGCUACGUCGGCGCGCAGGUCGGCAUCGCGGGCUACUUCAUCAACUACUUCACGCAAGCCCGCCCGGAUCUGGAUGUCACCAAGGCGCAUCAGCAGGGCAGCAACUUCUACGCCGUCGCGCAGGCGCUCUUCGCCAUCGGCCGCUUCUCCGCUGCGGGGCUGAUGUACUUCACGAAGCCGCGCUGGAUCUUGCUCGCGUACCAGACCAUGAUUAUGAUUUUUAUCAUCGCGGCGAUCACGGUGAACACGGGCGGCUCGACGCAUGCGAAUUGGGGCGGGCUGGCUAUGCUGAUGCUGGUGCUGUUCUUUGAGUCGUGUAUUUUCCCGACUAUCUUCACGCUCUCGCUCCGUGGAUUGGGGAGGCACACGAAGCGCGGCGCCUCCUUCAUCGUUGCGUCCGUGUCUGGUGGCGCGGUCGUGCCCGCAAUUCUGGGGAAUGUGGCGGAUAAGAUUGGUACACGGAAGGCGAUGGUGGUACCGCUUUCUUUCUUCGUGGUUGCGUGGAGUUUCCCGAUUUAUCUGAAUCUAUUUAAGGGCAAGGAGUUGGAUGCGUACCGGGAUAGUCAUGUGGGCACUCAGGAGGGGGUGGUGGAUGUGGACGGGACGCUGGAGAUUGAGAAGGAUUUGGAGCAUAGUCGGGUGGAGAAUAAGCUGUUUUCUGCUUGAGGAUGGGAAGCGGGAAAGGGGAGGGGGUUGACGGGGAGAGGGCUUAGGAGUUAUAGGAUGAUGAUACCUUUUUGCUAUGGGGUUACCAUUAUUAGGGAUGAUUAGAUGAUGACGGAGAU